GCACAUAGACGGGCCCAAAAUUGCAGUGGAGCGCGGCAACAUAUUAACAAUCGUACGGAUCCAUCUCUUCUCUUCUCUUCUGUGCGACUUGCCCUUCGAACCCGAAGCUAUAGGCACAAUCUUCGAAACGCUGCGUUCGUUGUCGUACAAGGUGUUGAGUAGUUAGGGUUUGGGGUGAAAAGAAGGGAAAUGGCGUCUUCAGAUGAUGAGGGUGAGACUCGGCCACUAUCUGUGUCAAAUUACCAUUUUGAAGAUGACAGAGAUGCGCCUGUGUCUUUUUCUGUGUUGCCAAUUCAAUGGAGUGAGUCUGAGAGACUGGGUGGCAAGAAUGAGAAGGUUUUCCUGCACGGUUUUGCGGAUAAUGGGCUGCAGAAGAUUUUCAUGCAAGUCAUAGCGUGGAAGUUUGAUAUUUCCUAUGUGAAGCCUGAGAUAUCAGUGCUAUCAAAGGAUGGAAGAUGGAUUAAACUUCAGAAGCCAAGGAAGAGCUAUGAGGAUAUUAUAAGGACUAUUUUAGUCACCAUUCACUUCUUGAAUCUUUUGAAGAAAAAUCCUGACAUAUCUGCAAAAUCUGUGUGGGAUAACUUGAGUAAGAAUAAGGAGUUUAGCUCUUAUGAGGUUAUGCCUUCGCAAAUGGAUCUAUCAGACCAUGUGGCUUUAAUGGGUGAAGCUGCCAAAAGGGAUGCUGUCUUAGCAAAGUCCCAGCUUUUGCUCAUGGUUCUGGAAGAUAAGGAUAAGCUGAGGAUUAAGAAACUUUCUGAAGAGGAAGUUAAAGAUUUAUCACGACCUGGAUUUAUAAUUGAUGAUAUUGACAACGAUAUGUUUGAUGAUACUGUUGAAGAGUCAGAUGGAGAGGAUGAGUUGUUUGAUUCUGUUUGUUCGAUUUGUGACAAUGGCGGUAAACUUUUGUGUUGUGAUGGAAAGUGCAUGAGGUCAUUUCAUGCAGUUGAGGAGGAUGGUGAAGAAUCUAGUUGUGACUCUCUCGGUUUUAACCGGAAGGAAGUAGAUGAGAUUCAGAACUUUUAUUGUAAGAAUUGUGAAUAUAAUAAGCACCAGUGCUUCGCAUGUGGCAAACUAGGCUGUUCUGAUAAAUCUUCAGGUGCUGAGGUCUUUAAAUGUGCUUCUGCAACCUGUGGCUUCUUUUAUCAUCCACAAUGUGUUGCAAAGUUACUUCACCGGGUGGUUGAGGAUGCUCCACAGGAACUUGAGAAAAAUAUUGCUGGGGGAGAACCUUUUACUUGUCCUACUCAUUAUUGCUGUGUCUGUAAAGAAAUGGAAAACAAGAAGGAACAUGAUUUACACUUUGCUGUCUGUAGGCGUUGUCCUAAGUCAUAUCAUCGCAAAUGUUUGCCAAGAAAGAUCGCUUUUGAUGACAUAGAGGAAGAAGAUAUUAUAACGAGGGCUUGGGAAGGACUUUUACCAAACAAUCGCAUUCUUAUAUAUUGCUUAAAACAUGAGAUUGAUGAUGAACUUGGGACUCCUAUAAGAGAUCAUAUAAAAUUCCCCAAUUUUAAAGCUACUGUACGAGAAAUUAAUGCUGAGGAGAAGAGAAAGCCAGCAACCAAAGAGAGAGUUAUGUUGAACAAGGACAAUGCUGACUUACAUAAUUUACUUAGCAAAAGAAAUACUGCUAAAGUAUCUAAACUGUCUGGUAAGAUGUCUUCUGCGAAAGUUGGUAUCAAGAAGUCUGAACAGAUUUUUGGAUCAAAUAUCUCAAGGAAGAAAGUAAAUGAAGCAUCAAGGUUUUUGAAUGAAAAUAAGAGGUCAAUCUCGAAGGAAACUGAAAGGUCUGACUGUGAGGAAAACAAGCUCUCAUUGGGUAAGAAAUUAUAUGCUUACAUGCAGAAGGGUUCUGAGCAAAUUAAUUCUGGCAAUCAGGUUGAUAAUGUAGCUAAUAACACCCUGUCAGUGAAGCCGACUAAAAAACUGAGUAAAGCAUUGCCCGCAUUAGAUGCAGAUUCAGAGAGGAGAUUGUUGGCUUUGUUUAAAGAAGCUACAUCAUCAGUUACUUUGGCGAAUGUCAUAAAAGAACAUAAAUUUGCUUCUACUCAUGCUCAUUCGUUGAAAAAUGUUGUGGAGAAGACCAUUAGAGUGGGCAAGUUGGAAGGCUCGGUUGAGGCUGUUAGAACAGCUCUAAGGAUGCUAGAGGAUGGGCACAGCAUUCGAGAUGCAGAAGCUGUUUGUGAACCUGAUGUUCUUAACCAAAUAUUCAAGUGGAAGGACAAGCUGAGAGUAUAUCUUGCACCUGUUCUAUGUGGUAAUCGCUACACAUCAUAUGGUCGCCAUUUUACUCAAUUGGAAAAGCUGGAAGGGAUUGUUGAUAGACUUCAUUGGUAUGUUCAGAAUGGUGAUACAAUCGUGGACUUUUGUUGUGGCGCAAAUGAUUUUAGCACCCUUAUGAAGAAAAAGCUCGAAGAGAAUGGGAAGAGAUGCUCAUACAAAAACUAUGAUUUACUUCCAACGAAGAAUGAUUUUAAUUUUGAGAUGAGAGAUUGGAUGACCGUCCAGCCAAAAGAGUUGCCUACAGGGUCGCAAUUGAUCAUGGGCCUCAAUCCUCCCUUUGGGCUUAAAGCAGCUUUGGCUAACAAGUUUAUAGAUAAGGCUCUCGAGUUCAGACCGAAGCUCAUGAUUCUUAUAGUACCACCUGAGACAGAGAGGCUGGAUAAAAAACGGUCGCCGUAUGAUCUUGUCUGGCAGGAUGAGAAUUUCCUAGCAGGCAAGUCUUUUUAUCUACCUGGAUCAGUUGAUGCCAAUGACAGGCAAAUAGAGCAAUGGAAUGUUAAGCCUCCCCCGCUCUACCUUUGGAGCCGUCCGGACUGGACUGAUAAGCACAUGGUCAUAGCCCAGGAGCAUGGUCACCUGUUCAGCCAGCAUGAAGUAUUAAAAACGGAAAGCUUUAAUGAUGAAAAGUCACCUGCCAGUCACACUAUGGAUGGUAACCAUGUUGAUGAUCUCUUUCUGGGUCAUGAUCUCUUGAAGUCAACUGAUAACGAAGAAGAUCAUGCGUCUAUGAAUGAAAGUCAGAAAGGAAGCUCGCCGCAUGGAAAUGUUGAUCGAGAGAGUCAAGAUAGACAGGAAUAUUGGGUGAAGAUGGCUGAGAAUACCUCAUGGAAGAGGAAACGAACAGAGGAAAAUGAGGGCGGUGGACUAAGUGUGACAUCACCAGCCAAAAUGCAGGCUGUAAAUCAAAUGGUUGAGGAAGUACUUGACCGUAGUCAAUCCAAUCCAGAUGAUGGGAGAGUUGAAGGUUAUCAGCCCAAAUCUGUUAUGUCACCUACGUAUAUUGAUUUUGGUGACAAUGGUAAUUGGCAUUUGGAUCCCCCCUCUUCCUCACGUAUGGAGUUUGGAGUUGCCUCUAGUGUUGUCGAUCCUCUUUCUGAUUAUGGGGUUACAGAUAUAGAGGAACACCAUAGCAGCCUCCUAGGAGACAGCACCAAUAGCAUUGGAUAUAGACCCUAUAUCAUGGAGGAUCAGAAUUACCUGAGAGAAUUGGAGACAAGGCAACAGACUCGCCUUUACGGGCUGCAGAAUCCUGAUUCUAUGAGGAGUAAUAAUCUAUCUGGUCAUGAUUCUGCUUAUAGCCAAAUGGGAUCUAGUUAUGGGUUACUCAGUUCAGUACCCGAUUCAUCUUACAUGAUGAAUACAUCAACUAUGCAACGAUAUGCACCUCGGCUAGAUGAAUUAAAUCCUGUCAGGAUGGAUUCUUUGGGAUCUGAACCUCCUAUUGUUGGUAGAAAUGGCACUUUUGAACCUAGUGUGCCCCAACCUGGAUAUGGAACUGGGCUGCCUCCUUUUGCAACCGGUCCUCACAAUUUGUAUUCACGCCAGAAUUCAGCGGGUCGGUAGAACGAGUAGUUUGAAUUUCUAUCUUUUUUAGGUUCUGGAUAAAGAUGUGAUAUAUUGUACAUAGAUGAUAUUAAGAAGGAACGUGUUGUCCAUAAAGAUUGUUUGAUUGUGGUCCUGGUACAUCAUUCAGAGAAUUUCUGUUUGUUAUGCUCCCUUCCAUCCGUGUCCUUCCCAAAGGGCAAAGGGUACUUUCUUGUUUUCUCUGCCUUAGUUGAUGAGGACAAUGAAGAUGAAAGAGUAAUAGAAUAAGUAAAUUUGCAAUUUAUUAGUUUUUGGAAUU